UGUUCCAUAGGAUUUUAUAUUUGUGACGCAUUAUUUUCAGGACGUGACGUCUUGAAUGUGGGACCUGUGACAGCUCUUCCUGGACUCCCUUUACGAUGGGGACCCAAGUGAAAGACGUUGUCAUCAAGGCCGAUGCGCCAAAUGCUCUUCUCUUGGACAAGCAUGCAGAUUACAUCGCCGCGUAUGGUCUCAAAAAGGAUGACUAUGAAUACACGCUGUCCGAGUACCUAAGAAUGAGUGGAAUCUACUGGGGGCUGACUGUGAUGGACCUGAUGGGCCAGCUCCACCGAAUGAACACCGCUGAGAUCACAGAGUUCAUCAAGUCUUGCCAGCAUGAGUGUGGAGGCAUCAGCGCCAGCAUCGGUCAUGACCCUCACCUGCUGUACACUCUAAGUGCCGUACAGAUCUUGUCGUUGUAUGAUGAUGUCGAUGCGAUCAGUGUGGAUAAGGUGGUGGAGUAUGUGAAGGGUUUACAACAGGAAGACGGUUCAUUUGCUGGAGACAAAUGGGGGGAAAUAGACACACGGUUCUCUUUCUGUGCUGUAGCAACUCUUGCAUUACUGGGCAAGUUGGAUGCAAUUAACGUGGACAAGGCAGUUGAGUUUGUUCUCUCCUGCAUGAACUUUGAUGGUGGCUUUGGUUGCAGACCAGGAUCAGAAUCCCAUGCGGGUCAGAUCUACUGCUGCACAGGCUUCCUGUCCAUCACAGGCCAGCUACACCAGGUGAACGCUGACCUCCUUGGCUGGUGGUUGUGUGAGCGACAGCUACCCUCAGGAGGUCUAAAUGGACGCCCAGAGAAGCUCCCUGAUGUGUGUUACUCCUGGUGGGUCCUUGCCUCUCUGAAGAUAAUUGGCAGAAUUCACUGGAUUGACAAAACCAAGCUGAGCACGUUCAUUCUAGCCUGUCAGGACGAAGAGACUGGGGGCUUUGCUGAUAGGCCGGGAGACAUGGUGGACCCGUUCCAUACCCUAUUUGGUGUGGCAGGAUUGUCCCUCCUCGGGGAUGAGGAGGUGAAGGUGGUGAAUCCAGUGUUCUGCAUGCCUGAGGAGGUGAUUCGGAGGGUGGGCCUCCACCCGGAGCUGCUGGGCUAAAAGCACACCUCAGCAGCGCACCCCCUGCACCACCCUCACUCACCCCACCUUCAGCACCACCCGCGGAGCAAAGGGAACUUCGGGAACAGGCCAGAGACUCGUCAGUCUGAGGAGGACCUGGGAUGCUUCUGUUGGCCCCUGACAAAACAACAGAGGUCCUCACCCUUGGCUAUGAGUGUGAGUGUGUUGUUUGGCCACGGAGUGUGCUUUGUUACUCUCUCUUCACUGGUCUUUUGGCGAUGAUGACGGCACUGUUGGAGUCAUAAAACGUCAGUGUCACAGCCCAGAGUUUGAGCAGCCUGAUUGGUCCAUUCCAUAACAUCUCACAUGUGGAUGUGAAGCCUCUAAUGUUGCACUAAGCCAAUCUUCAUUGUCAUCUCAUUUAAGAAAAAUAAUGCUUCAGAAAUCACUGUGGUUAUUUUUCAAAACACUUCAUCAGCAUAUGGUUACUGAGCAAAAAGUGUCUUAUGAAUCCGAGUCAGUAAUUGUUUUUACAAUAAUUUUACUACAGGACACAGAAUAUGCAAUAUGGUCAGUGGGGGGUAUCUACUGUGCGUCAUGUCACUUAUUAACAGAUUUGAAAAUGCCUAGUAGCAUCAACCCUGAUGGCCAGCAUGAAAGUGGCUUUGAGUUAUUUAUUCUCGUUACUUUACAGAUAUUAUUCCAUGGUAAUAUUGUAUCAGGGUAUAUAUAGAGCUUUACAAAUUACUUUAUAUCAUCCUGGAGAAAAAUUGUCUUUUGUGCAUUUUUCUUAUCUUUAAAGUACUGAUUAUAAUCUGCUGAAAUCUGAACAAAGUUCAUAAUCACAACCACUUAUAAACCAUCAUAAGACUCCACAGAUUUAUUUUGUCCUGAUUGGUUUGAAUGAUACCUUGUAUGUUUGCUAUUUAAGGGACGGUGUCUGUUUUUGGGAGGAAAAUAAACCAUAGUCAUAUGUAAAA